GGUUUGUAUAACGAUUGUGGUUCAUCAUGUCUGGAAGAGGCAAAGGCGGUAAAGGACUCGGAAAAGGAGGCGCUAAGCGUCAUCGUAAGGUUCUGCGUGAUAACAUUCAGGGUAUCACUAAACCCGCCAUCCGUCGUCUCGCUCGCCGUGGUGGUGUCAAGCGUAUCUCCGGUCUUAUCUACGAGGAGACUCGCGGUGUGUUGAAGGUGUUUCUGGAGAAUGUUAUCCGUGACGCCGUCACCUACACCGAGCACGCCAAGAGAAAGACCGUCACCGCUAUGGAUGUCGUGUACGCGCUGAAGAGACAGGGACGCACACUGUACGGUUUCGGAGGUUAAACGAUUAAAGGAAAAACAAAACCCAACGGCUCUUCUAAGAGCCACCCACAUUAUCAUACAAAGAGCUGAACCUUCAAAACUUAAUUAUGUAA